AUAUUGUUCCCUGCUUUUAUUUGGCCAGCUGCUGCUAUAUGAUUUUAAGCUCCUGAAUCUUACCGGUUGCAGGUUGAGAUGGUUUGGGGGAGUGGUGCUGCGAGUGCGAGUGCUUGCUCUCUUCCUCUUCUUGAAGUUGAAAUUCUGAGCCACAAUCGCAAGCCCUUAUUCCUCCACUCCGAUUCUCACCCUCUUACACUCAGACGGCGACGCUCCUCAACUCUCACCAAUUAUUCCACACCCUCUUCCUCCUUCUCCUCCUCCUCCUCCUCCUCCUCUAAACUUCAACUUUCACUUUGUUUCCAACCCUACAAAACCAAAGAUUCAUUAACAACUUUGCCGCAAAAAGCACUUGUGGGUUUUGUUGUUCUUGGGUCAGUUUUCUUUGCUGGGUUUGGCUGUUUCAAAUGGGCAGCUGUGUCACGAGCUGCUCAAACUACUCCAAAUCUGGAGGACAAGAUAGAGACUACCCACCAAGGGAAAACUGAGGAGGAGGAGGAGGAGCAAAUGUACCACAAAAUUCUGGUGGACGACCCAAAAAAUGUUGGUGCUUUGAAGGUUGUUUUGUAUGGGAAACUGAGGAGAGGGAAGGCAGAGGAGGCUGUCAGCUAUGUGGAGAGGUUGAUUGAGCUUGAGCCGCACGAGCUCGAAUGGAGGCUAAUGCUGCCUCUUUGUUAUGAGAUCAUGGGCCAACUCACUUGUGCUAAAACAUUGUAUCAGCAAAUCUUGGAGGACAGGCCUCUUUUGCUCAGAGCUUUGCAUGGUCUGGCAUUGGUUAUGCACAAAAACCAUGAAGGUCCAGCGGUUUUUUCAAUGCUUAAUAAUGCUUUAGAAAUUGCGCGGCAUGAAAAAAGAGUUGUUGAGGAGAGGAAUAUAAGAAUUCUGAUUGCACAGAUGCAUGUUAUAAUGGGAGAACUGGAAGAAGGCUUGAAUAAAUUCCAUGAUCUGGUCAAUGCAGAUCCACGAGAUUUUCGGCCUUAUCUUUGUCAGGGAAUUAUCUACAGUCUACUAGAUCAGAAAAAGGAAGCUGCAGAACAGUUUGAAACAUAUCGGGCUUUAGUGCCUGAAGAAUCUCCACAAAGGGGAUUUCUUGAUGAUGUUGUGUUGGCAGCAGCCAACAACAAAUCCGGGGAACAGUUUAAGAAGGAUUUUCAUAAGGAGUUCUCAUACCGGAAGUGAUGAUUGCACUUUUAUAUCUGGGAUCUGUGGCAAUUAUACAUUUAACUGCUGAGUAUCCUUCAUAUACCAGGGCUGGGUUCGGUUGCAUUCAACUGGAUUUGAGAUUGCUUGGGCUGCCACUAUCCUCUUCCUAAUCCCACAACUUGCACUUGUAAUGCAGGUACUAAAAUGUUUCCCGUUGAUUGGCGAUUCAGUAGCUUUUGGAAACAUGACAAGCUCCAACUGUUACUAUUGUCAGAAAAUUUGGUUUCUUCAUAUGCAUCUUGUAGGUACACUUGAAAUUAACUGAUGUUUCUAACGUGUGAUACUUGAUGUACAAUUUGGUCGAAUCUCACUUUUAAACUUUACUUUUAGAUGUAACGUUCUUUCUUUCCAAUUUCUUAGUAACAUUCUAACGAUAAAUUUAAUUCAGUGAGUU